AUGGCCUGUCUAAAAGGCAGUCUUUUUGAAAAGAAAGACCUAAAGGGAGAUAAAACUGUGGUACUGGCCAAAGAAUGCAGUGCCUUAGUCCAGAAUGAAUUACCAAGGAAGAUGCCAGAUCCAGGGAGCUUUCAGAUUCUAUGCACUACUGGAAAGAUCACUCUUGACAAAGCCCUGUAUGAUCUUCACUUAAGUUUGAAUGUGAUACCUUCAUCUGUGAUGAAGAAGCUGGGAAUCCAAGAGGCACAAGCAACAAGGAUUACCCUACAAAUGAAUGACCAGUCCUUGAGGCAAGCACACGAGCCAGUAGAGAACGUAUUGGUAAAAGUUGGAGAGCUCUGCUUCCCUGCAGGCUUUGACAUGGGAGAGGAUGCGAAUGACUCCAUCAUUCUCGGAACCUCACUCUUGGCCACUAAAAGAGCCCUGAUAGAUGUUGAGCAAGGAAAGAAGGCACUGAGGUUGCAUGAGGUUUGGAUGGUGUUCGAGGUUUUUAACCCUCCAUUACCCUCUGACAAGGGAAGCACUUGCAUAAAGGAUUCAGCAUUUAAGCCUCCUCCCUUGGAUGGAACCAAUUCAACCCCCUACCACCAAACGUAA